GGGAGAAGCAGCCGAGGAGCGCAGUCCAGGCUGGUAACGGGUAGUUUUCGCAAAGUGAGGAGCCGAAGGCAGCAGUGCUUGGAGAGACCGACACGCCGUGCGGAUCAGCGCGACGUUUCUUCCGCGUCGUCGUUCGCUCUUCUUCGCCAGGACAGGGCAGAAGGCAAAAGCUCGAACGCUUUGCCAUGAAGUGACGGCCAACAAACCACUGCCUGGAGUCGACCAGUAGAUGCUGUGUCAUGCGGCGGGCGCGGCUGCUGUUGGCGGCGGCGGUGGCGGUCGCGGGGGCGUGGCUGGCGGCCGCGUGUCCUCCGGAGUGCAUCUGCCUCUCGCAGACACAGGUGCUGUGCAACACGGGCGGCCUGACGGAGAUCCCGGUGAAGGCGCUGCCGGAGACGGUGGAGCAGCUGUCGCUGUCCAAGAACCACUUCCCAGUGAUCCGCAGCGACGCCUUCUCCGGGCUACGCUCGCUGCGCAAGCUGUCUCUCGAUGGCAAUAAUAUCUCCGUCAUCAAGCCGUUCGCCUUCCGCGGCCUGCCGCGCCUGCGUGAGCUCUCCAUCCAGCACACGCCUCUGACGACGGUGGCGCAGUUCGCGUUCGCGGGCCUGCAGAACCUGACGGCCAUCCUGCUGGCGCACAACCGCAUCACCCGCGUCGAGGGCUACGCGUUCGCAGGGACCUCCAGCGUGCGCCUGCUGCUGCUCACCAACAACCCCAUGCAGAAGGUAGAGACAUCGGCGUUCUCCGGCAUGACGAACGUGGAGCGCCUCAUCUUCCCGUCGGGCAUCCGCAACGUGGAGGUGGACGCCUUCAACGGGCUGGACACGGUGGGCGUGAUCAAGAUGGCGUUCAUGGACCUGAAGUCGCUGCGCGCGCACACGUUCCGCGGCCUGAGCCACGUGCACGUGCUGUCCAUCCAGGAGAGCGACCUGGGCGUCAUCCGCGCCGGCUGCCUCGAGGGCCUGACGCACGUGGGCACGCUCAACGUCGUCAACAACAAGAUCGACGCCGUGCAGCAGCUCGCCAUCCGGCCGGCCAACCGCAUCCGCGCGCUCCGCUUCCUCGGCAACCACCUGCUCGAGACGCCGCGACCCGGCGCGCUCAUCAUUCAGGGCGUGGACACGAUGGCUGUGCACGGCAACCACUUCCCGUGCGACUGCCACGUCCACACACUGCUGGAGAGCGCGCUGGCCAACGGCAGCGCCGAGUUCCGCGCGCGCAACUUCUGCAUCUCGCCGCUCGAGAUGAACGGCAAGCCCAUCGCCGAGCUGGACCUGGAGGCUAUCGGUCGCUGCCAGGAGCAAGUGACGCGCGGCAACCUGGAGGCGCCGCUUGGAGCCGGCGCCGCGACGCCCCCGCGCCGGCUCACGUUGCUGCUCGCCGCCGCCGCCGCCGCCGCCUCCCGCCUCGGCAGCUGAAGGCCCCGACUCACAUCUCGAGCGGCGAUCACCCCUCCGCCACACUGCCACCAGCUGUAUACUACAUCCCAAACCUACCAACACUGCUAUACACCGUCAAAAACAUCACUUCUUGUUUACCAUUAUCUUCCAAAUUCUUUCAUUCCCAAUAUUUCAUAGACCUUUACGUCAACUCUAGAACAUCUAAACACUUUCAAAUUCUUACGUCCCCUUGGAACAUUCAACGGACGUUUUUCCGAGAGCUAAAGACCUGAUGUUAGGAUCAAGUAUACUCUAGUAAGCUUCGUUGUCAUCAAUUCUGACGCGACAGAAAGAUAAAAAAAUCGAGGUUAUAUAUUUCGAAUGAGGCACAGUGAGACUUUAGUACCGUGAAAUGUUAGUAUGCAUUGUUGCGUUUGGUGAAGCGACGUUACUAUAAAUGAUUAAGGCCUAGCAGAUAACAUUUACCCUCGUUAUAGUAAGAUGUUACAAAUUUGUGCAGUGGUCUGUUAUUACCUCUAAAUUCUAAUCAUUCAAGGAUAUCUGUAACACGUAACAGGGUGGACUGUUUAUAAAGUAAAACUUCUUGACUGACGAAGGAACCUCAUAGAAUGGACCCCAACGAAUAGCUUCGGACUUAUAGAAUUUGAAAAUCACUGACCAACAUCAGUUUCUUCAAGCAGUAAAACAUGCUUUUAAAAAACGCUCUUAAGAAUCGUCAACUAUGAAAAUUUCCAAUAGCUGUUAAGAAAAAAAUUUGGAGUUGUUUAACAGAGCUGUUCGCUUCUUCAUGUGUAACUGUCUAGUCUUGUAAGCGGGAUGUUUGUCGUUCAAUUCCCGUGAUGCGUAAUAUUUAACUUUUCACUUUUAUUUGGAUCGUAUAUUUAUUAUCAAAUCGAAAUUUGAGUUAACAAAUAUUGAAUAGCAAGUCAUUUAAUAAAAAUAAUAUUUCAUUUUUAAUUUUUAAUUAUAGCAUAAUGUUAUCAUUUACAAUAAAUUAAAAUUUGGUAUAAAAGAUGUAAAUGUCUUAUUUGUUAUGAAUACUCGAUUUAGCAUUCAAUUUACAAUUGAAAAUAAAAGUUAUUCUUUUUAUUAGGCGACUAUGGUUCUAUAUUUGUUUAUUAAAAUUUCGAUUUGGUAAUAAAUAUAGAAUCCAAAAGCAAAAUAAGAGAACGUAUAACAAGAGUCGAAAUCAGCAACCUCACGGUUGCGUGCUUGACGUAAUACCCACACAGUUACAAGUGGAUAUGAUAGUUACGAAGUUUGCUGUCCCUAACACUGCUCACAAAAAAAGUCAAAAUUUCUUUUUCUUGGUGUUUUUGAACAGUGCGUUGUACUGCUACAGCUGAUUUGCGGUCACGUAUCUGCAAAUCACGUAAGUAUGAGGUAAAUUUUAAACUGCUAGUUCGUAAGCCCUCCUGCAUAGAUACAAAUCCAUAUUGACAGUACUCCAGAGUCAAAGUUGUCCAUAAUAUCAUGUGUUCGAUUUCUCCCUAACAAUCUGUAUACGGUAAUAUUAAUUUGUUCUUUUUCUGUCUUAAGUGCACUGUAAUUUCACUGAGUGCUACACCUGGUGUGUUCGGUUUUCAUCGAAAAGCUUCAGCGGUAGCUAUGUAACUGAUGAAUAUAUUUUACUUCUUAUAGAUUAAAAACAAUUUUUACUUAUCAAUUUUUCCGCCUCUAAUAAUCAAAAAGUAGAAACGUUUUAUGUGUGAAACAUUUGCUGACGGAAAAUAGUUUGUCCAUAGAAGCAAAAUGCAUUUGUUGUAACGCUCUCCUGCACUUCGGUACACUGAAGACAGAAGAAAGUGAUAAUAAACAACUACGGAACAUGGACACCCGAACAUAUGGUCUGUUUUCACUUUUUGUAUGGAAAAUAACUUUUUUGUGGUGCAAUAACAUGCCUAUGUUGACGUUCUCCGAAGAUAACAGCAUGGUUCGUAUGCAAAACUACCUUCUCUAAAAUCCCUAAACGAAAAUUUCUGCUCACCUCAGGAUAACGAAUAUGUGAAAAUAAUACUUGAAGUAUUCAUAAUUUCAAUAUAAACUCAAAGGAAGGGUGACAUAAUAGCUUACAUUUACGUACAGUUGACGGCAGUUUAUGUCGAAAGGCUUCAUACUUUUUACAGUGUUUCAGGUAGGAAGUAAAGUUAAGGUUGCUAAAUGUGUGCAACUCAUGUUUUAAUUCUCCAGCUCCCAAACGUCGAGGCUAAAUUCUUCCUCAAAGGAACUAUCUGGCAACAGCAUGACGUGUCGGACCACAACAGUCACUGCAGUUUCUGUUACCGGAAUGGAAUUGUUUGAAUUGUAGAACUGUGCUGGAGCCAUUUCUUGUGGGUUGCUGGCGACGGAAUCUCUGUUUAUGUUAUGUGUGUGAAGACUGAGAAACCCCAAAACUACUGUGCCAAAAAUCUCACACGCUUUUUUAUUUGGUGCCUGUAGCAAACUGGAAGGUACGAAAUAAUCUGAAAAACAAACAAUAUUUGUUAUUUUUCUCAUGACGAAAUGUAUUUGGCUGAAAUAUGAACGGUACCUUAGAUCAAACUCAUAAGCUCUGUUUGGAUUUGUUUAUCGGAAUUGUUCAGGUUUAAAGAGAGAAAGUGUAAUUUUCAUACUGUUACAACAACUGCAGUCAGCAUGCAACCGCUGAACCAUGAGAGCUUAGCAAACAUACACGAAGAAUACUCAGAAUGAAUGUGUCUGAUUCAUUUUACAAACAUUUUUAAUUGCGAAGAAGAUGAUGAUGUGCACCCACUGUUUUCCUUUAUAUUUAAUGCACUUUGUGACACCUAUUCGUUGAAAUUACGCAUGAAAUUUUCAAGGCAUGGAAAAUAAUAUGGGCUUGAUAUUCAUAGCAGGUGAAAGAAUAACAAUACACUUCCUAUAUGUGUUUAACUAAGAAUAGUAUGUGAAUAUUAACAGACAGUUUUGUGUUAGUGAUGUACAGUCUCAAAAAACUAAAGUGCUUUUCUUUCAGCUGGAGUACUUUACAUUGAGGAAGCGUUGUUUUAAGGAAAUAAGGUUUUAUCAUCAGAUGUUAUUCCACGAGUAAUUGUUCCAGUUUUUCAGAACUCUUCUAAAGUCUCUUCCUUACAUGAAACAAUACAUACUACCUUUACUUAUUGCUUUGCGCAGCAUCUGAGGGAAUCUGUAAAUGUGUCGUGAGACUGUCUGUGGCUAAAAACUGAUGCUUUUGUAUUCCGUCUCUGUGACACAAUGAACCAAUUAAACGACAAGUGGUAGUGAGUGUCUCUGCAUACAUGGACGCAGAAUCCCAAGUAAAAAAAUGAAACAUAAGAUAAGACUAACAACAUGAAGUCAUUUAAUAAAUGAACAUCAGUCUCGUUUGA